AUGGGUAAUUCGCCUUGUUGUUUUCGUGGUAGAAGUUCUACAAGCGACGAUAAAACCUAUUCCUUCGAUGUUCAGGGACAAUACACAAGAAACAAUCAAGCUGAAUUCCAAUAUGUUCACCAACCAAUGGCUCGCGAUGAAACUACAACAACGUUUUUACGGAUGCUACCCCAUAUAAGUGAACGAGAGGUUCCCGAUGAAGAAUGCGAAGAAGAUCCAUCAACUCAUCCAACAGCUCAACCCACUUUCAUGGAAAGAAGCAAAAGUGAAAUGAAGCUAAAAGACAAUCGCCGUUCCUGUUACACACUUGAUGCUUUAACUGCUGGUGGGGGUUAUCCUGGUAUUCUACCUCAGAGUUUAAGAAAAUCCAGUAGCUGUAGUACAAUAUACUUAGAUGAUUCAACCAUUACUCAGCCAAACUUGAAGAACACUAUCAAGUGUAUAAGUCUUGCCAUAUUUUAUCACAUCGUUAACCGAAGUAACAGAGGACAUGAACGAUUGAUGGAGAUUUUCGAAGAACGUCUUCAUCCUAUUACGCGGGAUCCCAUUCCACCUGAAAUGGUUACAAGAGAUCCAGAACAUCGACAAAUAUACCGUUUCGUUAGAACUCUGUUCCAAUCUGCUCAACUCACCUCAGAAUGUGCAAUUAUUACUCUGGUCUAUAUAGAGCGUUUACUUAACUAUGCUGAGAUGGACCUUUGUCCAUCAAAUUGGAGAAGAGUGGUCUUAGGUUCCAUAAUGUUAGCCUCUAAGGUAUGGGACGAUCAGGCCGUUUGGAAUGUUGAUUACUGCCAAAUCUUACGGGAUACAAACGUCCAUGACAUGAAUGAGCUUGAACGACGUUUUCUUGAGUGCCUAGACUUCAAUAUUGAGGUCCCGUCUUCGGUGUACGCUAAAUAUUAUUUUGAUUUGAGAACAUUAGCACUAGCUAAUGAUUUGCAAUUACCUGUACUACCUCUGAAUAAAGAGAGAGCGAAGAAGUUGGAGGCUAUGAACAGAGUGUUCGAAGACAAAGGUCAUGUUUUCAAACGCAGUUAUUCAGCCGAACGAUUUCACCGAGAAAACAGAACACCAGCCGUUUUAUCAUAA